AUGACAUAUCCCUCGGUCAAUGGAAGACAUCGUCAAGCAGGGCGCGGAAAGGCUUUGAAGGUCGUUCACCUUGGUCGUGUGGCUCAGAGAACCUCGAUAUUUGGUGGUGGUCUCAAGAAUCGGAUCGAUUAUCGGGGCUUUGGUGGUGGAGGUUUUGGGAGAUCCGUAGUAUCGUAUGCGCCACGGCCCAUGUUGAAAGAUUGAACUUCUCUGGAAAUCAUCAUGUCGGUUUGUGAGUCUGGAGAAAAGGUCUUGUCAGUCACGCUCAGAGAUAUUGGUGGUACUCCAGGAACACCCAAUUGACACAUGUCACGCAAUUGCAGGCGAGUGGGUCUGACUCACGAUGCUUUGAUUAAGCUGCGCAGGGUUGAGGUGCUGAGCAAAAAGGGGAUCCGAGAAACGUUGAACAGUUUAUGA